AUGAGCAACCUCGUGGAUAUCACAAGCGACAACCAAUUCUCUUCCUUGAUUUCCAAAAAGGACGCCGUCAUCGUACUCGACUUUUGGGCACCAUGGGCUGAGCCUUGCAAACAAAUGAACGACGUUAUCGCUGAACUCGCUGGCAAGUUCUCCUCGUUGCAAUUUCUCAAGAUCGAAGCCGAGAACUUUGCUGACAUUUCUGAAGAGUACGAGAUUGCAGCUGUGCCCACUGUUAUUGUGUUGAAGGGUGGCAAAAUCGUUGAACGUGUGGAAGGUGCCAAGGCUGCUGAGGUGACCAAUGUCGUGGCCAAGCAUGCCAAGGGUGUGUCAGGAACCAAGGCAACAGGAGAUGCCGAUGUGAAGCCUGCCAAGGAUCUCAAUUCACGUCUCAAGGAGCUUAUCGAGAGUGCAAAUGUGAUGGUCUUUAUCAAGGGUACUCCUUCACAGCCUCGCUGCGGUUUCACCCGCCAACUCAUUGACAUCCUUGCCGAGCAACAAGUGAAAUACAGCUCAUUCAACAUUCUCAUGGAUGAAGAAGUGCGACAAGGUCUCAAAGCAUACUCUAACUGGCCCACCUAUCCCCAAAUGUACGUUAAGGGCGAGUUGAUUGGUGGUCUUGAUAUCGUCAAGGAAUUGGUCGCAUCCGGUGAACUUAAGGAGACAAUUGAGGAAGCCAGUUAG